CGACCCGUGUGUUCUUUCAUUCGGGAAAUUACGUGUAAAGGGGAGCGCUUGCUGUGGCUUUGCUUGUGAAUCUUCCUACAGCAAAGAAAUCGACCGAUAUGGAUGAACGAGAGAUCUAUGUUUUGUUUCCGCCAAGAUUUUGUACGUUACGUCUUUUUGCUUAAGCCCAAAUGUGCUCUGGUGGUUCUGUAAACUAUUUGCUGCUUUUUUUUUAGAACACAUUUGUAAGCUCACAGCUUUCUAUGAGACUGUGGUGACAGCCAUAUUUCUCUGGAUUGCUGCCUCUGUAAGGAUGGCAAAGGUGGAGCUGUGCUAGUCAUCAUUGCCGGGUUUAAAAAUAUUAUUGUUGUUUUAAAUUGCUGGUGUGGCGAAUACUAUUUAAAUCCGGUACAGGGUGGUGUCUCAAAGUGGCUUAAUUUUCACGUGUCGUGAUUAACGCUCCUUUCCCAGUGUGUUAAGUCAGGAGAAUGGCCUGGUAAUGAUGCCUUCAGGGACUCCCUCGUUCAUCCGCACUCUGGGAAGCAUUUUUUUUGUUGUUGCUGAAAUAUUAGGGAAAUAACGCUGUUCAAGAGAGUUCAUAUAAGCUUUAUUUAUAUAGUUUUAAGCUAAACUUUGUAAUUUCUCCGAAAAAGUAAUCAAUAAUAGGCAGUAAUGGUAAGACGCGUAGUUCUGAAUAAAAACGUGCAUUUUUCAAUUAAAAAAAAUCAGUUUGUUAAAUGGUUUGACAAUAUCUCGUUUCCGUUAAUAAAUAACACUUAAUCGACCUAAGGACAGCAAGUGUAAGAUUUUCAGACAGCACUGUUUUUACUUAUUAUAUUUUAUGGAUUCUGGCACAUUUUUAUUCACAGUAGAGACGUGCGGUUUUGCACCGAUAGGUCCAGCUCACGAUUCAAACGCGGACUAUACGACACCGGAUGCGUUACUCAACUGUCCGCCGGUGAAUGACCCAGCGGAAGCGUUGACGAAAAUAAGGCGGAGUCUUCCUCGUGCCUGGAAUAGUGUUUGUCAUCCUACAGUUGAAAACUGUUCGUCGGGGGACUUGUUAUGGCUUUCACGCGCGGCUGAAUCUGUUUUAUUUGAACAUAAAGACCCGCUCCUCCCCGCCGUUCCCAUACCUGGCGUGCGGACUGCCUCGCCGGAUGACAAAUGAAGCUUAGCCACUGACAUGCAGCUAAUCGCGUCUCUUGUUACGCAACAGGGGAGGGUCCAUAAAAGGGGCACAUGUUGAAAUGUUCAAACCUAUUCAACCCAGCAAACAGAGUGGUGGUGUUUACAUUUAAGCGUUUGACAGCGUGUCUACACUUCGAAAGAGUCGGAAAGAACCAGUGACCCUGGACCGAGGAUUUCCCUUAUCUAUUAUUAUUUUUCAUCCAGAUCUGGGCCUGAUUUGAUCCGUCAGCCUUAUGUGGGUUGGGUUUUCACCUCCAAGAGUCCUGUGGCUGUCAGCUGACUAUGGUGGUCUAAACGGAGGAACCCCAGGAAGAAGCACAGUGUGCGUUAGCUCUUACCACAGCUAGGUAGGGUCCAAAAGACGGAAAGAGACACGGACCAGAAGAAAGAUCGAGAAACUUGUUUAAACACAAAAAAACAUGUCACGAAACAGAGAACUGGUGCUUUUCUACAUUAAGUUUAAACUAUCUCAGAGGAACUAUCCGAUCCAACACAUAUUGCCCAAUGAGCCCCCGGACAGCACCGCUGCCAGGGACGCGGCCGGGGACGGGGGGAUGGACGACGAGCAGACGUUGGAGACGCACGCUAAUGGGACUUUUAACGGGACAAGUCCAGGAUCCCCGAGGCGGCAACAGGCGGCGUCGGCGUCAACGAUGGACGCGGUGAAAGUGACCCUGCGAGACACGGCCCGUGAGUUCGAGCUGCGCUACUCCCGCGCCUUCAACGACCUUCACAGCACGCUGCACAUCACACCGGCCACCGCCUACCAGAGCUUCGAGAACGUGAUGGACGAGGUGUUCCGGGACGGCGUCAACUGGGGCCGCAUCGUGGGGCUCUUCGCGUUUGGUGGCGCGCUCUGCGUGGAGUGUGUGGAGAAGGAGAUGAGCCACCUGGUAGCCAGGAUUGUAGAGUGGAUGACCGUCUACCUGGAUGAGCGGAUUGAACCUUGGGUGGAGAGCCAAGGAGGAUGGGAGCGUUUCGCUGAGAUCUUCGGGGGCAACGCGGCGGCAGAGAGCAGAAGAUCUCAGGAGAGCUUCAAAAACUGGCUGCUGCUGGGGAUGAGCGUGGUGACGGCCUUCAUAGCCGGGUCCAUCUUUGCCCAGAAGCGCCUGUGAGCGGAGGGGACAGCCGCCCUCCCCCCCCCGCUGUCCAAUCACUACGCCUAACGUUAAACAUGAAGGUCCUGUUCGUCUCAUCAGAACUGCUGAUGAUGUUUACUUCAUCCCACAACAGACUGAGAAUCCAAAACGUUGCCGGAAGACUUAAAAAGAAAAAAAAAAAGUUUUUAGUAUUCUUGUGUUCACUUUUUCUUCGAUACGAUUUUGUGGUUCUACAAAGACUGACAUGUUGUUUUCAUUCACUGAGCCAUUUGUUCCCUUUUUUUCUCCCCUCCGCCACUUUCCUUUUAUUCCUUUAAACUUGUUUUUUUUUUUUUUGCUGCCCAGAUUUAUUAAAGAUCUUAUUUUCAUCGUU